AUGGCGUACCUGGACGACACGUGCGCAACAGGCAUGUUUGAGCCGCUUAUUGCGAUUUGCGUCGAUCUGCAGUUGCUCAUCGAGAAGUUCAAGGUGAGGCCUGCUUGGUAUAUGACGGCGGCGGAGUUUAUCAACUGCGACGCGGGCCUCUGUGUGGAGCAGGGGUUCAUAGCCACACCAGCUGCGAGCGCGUCGUCGGACUCGUCGGGCGAGAUGAGCCUGCCCGAUGGCCCAUUGCUGCAGGACGAGCGCAGCAGGCGGCGCGUGAUUCGCAACGUAACAAAUGCGUACGUGGAGCGUGCCGAUGAGCUCGGUAUUCCCCCGGCCGCGGUCCCAGCAGAGGUCGGCGCAUCAAACCAGGAGGUGAUAUCCCGCUUGUGCAGGACGCCAGUCAAGCGUGCACGCGCGGGUGUGCGAGCUCUGGACUGGGCAAACACAGAGGAGCACGACAGUGAUGAGGACGAGUGA